AUUCGGCAGGCGCUGGCCAACCACAGUCUUGUCAGCCGUCUUCCAGGAUCGUGUGAUGCAUCCGUGUUGAAGUACGCAGGAAUAUUGAGGCCCAUGCUGACUUGGAUGAUCGACUCGCUGAGUAGAGAUGGCGUUUCCAUUUGGAUAGACGAAGAUCAGGCACUGCGUCUGUCAGGUCAAGAAACCAAUCUGUUCAUUCUACAAGAUGGACAGGUCGGAGAGUUGCUACAGACCUUGGAGACGGAAGCGGGGAACGGGUCCCAACCCAGCAUAGCUGUGGAUGUGUCCUUGCUGAAUGUGACAUGGCAGGCUCCCCCUCAUUACAAAUACCGGUUUCGGUUGCGGUCAUAUACACGCAAGGUCAUGAGGACACCUACGUUGAACAUUCCAGAGAAAGGGAUCAUUCCCGUGACCGAAUCGGGAUUUCAAAUCGAACUUCCUUGCAAGUCCGACGGGUUUGCGUCGUUCCUGAUAGCGUUGAAAAUUAUCCCACCGCACCGUCGGCACACACCGGUUAUUCAAUUAGCACAGGUGCUGCGGAAAACAUGCAGCAUGGAUGGUAAUAACCAUACGAGACUGUAAUGAUGGCGCGAGGAUGUUCAGAUGAUCUGCGCGUAAACGUUGUACAUUCAUGAAUCGACCUGACCAAGGUGCACGACAUUUUGCAUGAAGCAAAAUACUUCAAUGCUUUUAGUUAGGUUUCCAAUUAUGUUGUGACUUAUUUCAAGUUUGAUAUUUUUCUUCAUCCUCGAAAAACAAGUAUGCAUCUAAAUACCAUCAACAGAACCUGCCUGAAAACUUUGGUAUAUUAAUCUGCACUUGUAUUACAAAAUGAUAAACAUUUUUACCUUUGAGAAAGAUUCUGCUUGGAUCGAAACGUCAGGCCCUCCAUAUUUUGAGA